CGUCACUUCCGGUUUGGAUUGCUCAUUAGUUCCUGACCAAAAUUGAAAAAUAUAUUUUGAAAUAAACAUUAUAACACAGAGUGCAGUUUUAAAGUAACAUCGAUCAACAUGGAUGAUACUCUUUUCCAGUUAAGAUUUACAAAAAAGCAGCUUGAGAGGUUAGCUGCCAAAUCUGAGAAAGAACAAAGAAAAGAAGAAGCAAAAAUUAAGAAGGCUAUAUCCCAGAAAAACAUCGAGGGAGCAAGAAUCUAUGCAGAAAAUGCCAUUAGGAAGAAGAAUGAAGGUCUGAAUUAUCUACGAUUUGCAGCUCGUGUUGAUGGAGUAGCAGCCAGAGUCCAGACUGCUGUAGCAAUGAAAGGAAUCACAAAACAAAUGGAAGGAGUAACAAAGGCUUUAGACAAAGCUAUGUCAGCAAUGGAUUUGGAAAAGGUUGAACAAGUCAUGCAGAAAUUUGAGAAGCAGUUUGAAGACAUUGAUGUUAGGACUUCUACAUUAGAGAAUUCCAUGAGUGCUGCCACCACACUAUCCACUCCUCAGGAUCAGGUGGAGAGUCUAAUGCAACAGAUCGCUGCAGAGAAUGACCUAGAUAUCACAGACCAGCUCAAGGAACUCCACCCCACAACAGCCUCCAUACGAGAGGAGGGGGAGAGAAAAAAGGAGGAUGAUCUAUCAAGAAGGUUACAAGCUCUUCGGAAUUGAUCUUCCCACACUUUCUGCUAUUUCAUAACUAUCACAGUAUACUAAAGACUUAAUGGUAAAGAAAAGAACUGUUAAUUGUGAAAGACAGUGCUAAUUAACAGUCAGGAGUGCUGAAAUUUAACAAGGAACUCAACUUUGAGGAUAAAUGAAUAAGUAGACUGGUAGCUACAUUUUUUUUACCCUCUCCAGUGUUCCUUUCUAUGUAAAUCUUUUGUACUCUACUGGAAGUGAAAGUCUCUCAAAUUUAAAGUUUUUCUACAAUUAAUUUACAUCAUGGGUGAUAGAAAGAUCUACAUGAAAUAAUUUUUUUAGAUUAGUUGAAAAUUAAGAUUUUUUGAGAGGGAGAAACAAUAUAUUUUUAAUACAUGUACAUGUAUAUAAUAUGACCUUUUUGUGUAGAUUUUUAAGGUAUGUAUAACAGAUACACUUUACAUGUGAGAACAAACCAAUGUUGAAAGAAAAUUAGUUUUAAAUUGAACAACCCAUAUCUAUAAUAUCUAAUUAUUCCUUGAUGAAAAAUCCCUUUCUGUUUCCCAGUACAUGUACUACUUCAUAUAGUUCAUGUACUGGGAAUCAUAUAGUCUAUAUGAUACACAGAAUUUUUAUGAACUGUUUAAGUUAGAGACUACUGCAAUUAAAUCUUGAGGGAAUGCUGAUUCAAUAUCAACCAUCUGCUCAUAUUUCUCAACACAUUGUUAACAUUAACGAAAUGUCAAGGCAUGGAAUUUAAUUUGACAUGCCAAAGCCUGAAAACAAUUGUUCAUGAUUUUUAGCUCUACUGGUCAGAGACCAGAAGAGCUUAUGCGAUAGUAAGGUGUCCGUCGUCCGUCCGUCUGUCUGUCUGUCUGUCUGUCCGUCUGUCUGUAAACAAUUUUUCAAAACGCUACUCCUCCUACAGUUUUGGUCCGAUUUCAAUAUAACUUGGCACACAAGUAGACUACACUAAGAUACAUAAUUUAGUGCAUCGGUUUUUGAUUUCGAUGGACGGUGUUUCCAUGGUUACUA